AAACAUGGGGAUCAUUCGUUCACCAGGCAACUCAGUCCCCGCUCGUAUCCGCAAGAAGGAGACGAGGCGCGGGCGGAGGGCCUUGUCUAUCAAUAGCGACUAGCCCGCAAAAGAGUUGUAAUUAACGUUAUAUCAUAUCUAAAUACAUUGUUUAGCCAUGGAGGUGGUGGCCUUAAAGAGACAGAGCCGAUUUGAAUACUUCAUAUUAAUGGUGUGAAAGGACGUGUGUAUCAGAACGCCUAGUUGAUAAGCUAACGUUAAUGAUGCGAAGCUACAUGAGAGCACUCGGACGGUUGUCCUCCAACGGCGGCUGUGUGUUUAACAAAAUAUAUACCAGCGUGAAUUCAUACCGUGGAGAGCCUAAACCUCUAAGCUGUCAAUGUGUGUGUGUACAAGCACCUUGAGCCCUUACUUAUACCAAAGGGCAACGCUCGCGCUUACACAGCGCGGCAGCUAACGGUCCUUAGCGCGCUAGCUACAGCCCACUGCACCAAGGUUAGCUAGCAACCCUCGGCUAACGCUACUGUAGCUUGAAUUUGUUAGCUAGCUAUGCCAAGUCAGAGUAUCACGUUUGAUCGUUAAUCCUGGAAUCAGGAACCAUAAUGUGCUUUACUAAAAAGUGAAAGCACCUGCCCUGCUGGGUGCAGCAUGGCGGCAGGGCAGGGGGGCCGGCUGGAGGGUGUGGUGUCGGGGAGCUCUGGCCUGGCCAAACCUCUCUACCUGCAACGCUUGGAAAGAUCCUUGAGGUUGGACAGUUUCCUGCGUCACACUUCUGCUAUUUUCAACAGAGACAUAACCAGUGAUGACAGUGAUGAUAGUGAUGAUGCACUGGGGAGUGGGCUGUCUCUGGAUCCCUCCACGCAGCAUGCAGCCUUGACAGUGAAGAGUGAGUUAUGUGAACAUGGGGAUGGGUUGACAGAAGGAAAACCCAUCAAUGGAGUUCUGCUGCAAGACCAAAAAGCAGAUAAAACAAGCCUCUACAAUUUCUCCAGACUCAAGAAGAACAGGAAAUGGCUCAAGAGCAUCUUGUUAAGCGAUGACACCACAGAUUCGGACACAGACUCAGAUGACUCUGACUUCAUUUUGUCACGGGAGGAGCUGCUCGACAUGCUGAGGUUACAUCGCUACACCAGGCAGCAUCAGAGCAAGUUCCAUUCUGAUAGAGAGCUUCACCAGUAUCAGUACUACAGCACUGGCCUCCUCUCUACCCAUGACCCUUUCCAUGAGCAACAGCGCCACCUCUUGGGCCCAAAGAAGAAGAAAAUCAAAGAUGAGAAGAAAUUCAAGGCCAAACUGAAAAAGGUUAAAAAGAAGAAAAAACGUGGAGAGGCAGAUUUUCUAGAUGAAGGACGUCCUUAUGUCACUAAGAUAUUUGCGAAAUUUUCGCAUGAUGCUCCGCUGCCUGUGAUUAAAAAGAAACAUCUUACCAUUGAGCAGCUGAAUGCACGGCGACGUAAGGUCUGGCUCACCAUUGCCAAAAAAGAGAUCCCUAAGUCUUUUAAGCAAAAGACCUCUGCUAAGAAUCUAGUUCUAACCAAUGCUAAAAAGCUGGCUCAUCAGUGUAUGCGGGAGGUGCGACGUGCAGCCAUCCAGGCCCAGAAGAACUGCAAGGAGACGUUACCGCGGGCACGCCGCCUCACCAAGGAGAUGAUGCUAUACUGGAAGAAAUAUGAUAAAGUAGAGAAAGAACACAGGAAACGGGCAGAAAAAGAGGCCCUGGAGCAGCGUAAACUGGAUGAGGAGAUGAGAGAGGCCAAACGUCAGCAGCGUAAGCUAAAUUUCCUCAUCACCCAGACAGAGCUUUAUGCCCAUUUCAUGAGUGGGAAAGCCAGUAUAGGAGCCCAAGGAGGAGACACAGCUCAAGAGGAAAUCCUGAGAAAGCUUGAAGACACUGCAGCACAAAGACAGAUCAACAUAGGAGGAGGCGUAAUGGUCAACAUGGGACAGGAAGAUUAUGAUAGUAAAUACUACAAGUCUCAGGCCUUGAGGAAUGCCAAAGAAGCCUACCAGAUUCAUCAAGAGAGAACGCGAAUGUUUGAUGACGAAGCAAAAGACAGUCGCAGCGCGUCUCUACAUGCAGCUGCUGGCUCCUCUAUAGCUGCUGGCUCUGGGUUUGGAGAGAGCUACAGUCUUUCCAACCCAUCCAUCCAUGCAGGUGAAGAUAUUCCUCAGCCUACUAUCUUCAAUGGCAAGCUGAAAGGUUACCAGCUUAAAGGCAUGAACUGGCUGGCCAACCUCUACGAACAGGGAAUCAAUGGAAUUUUGGCAGACGAGAUGGGACUCGGCAAGACGGUCCAGAGCAUCGCCCUGUUGGCACAUCUAGCAGAGAGAGACAACAUCUGGGGCCCAUUCCUGAUCAUCUCUCCAGCAUCAACACUCAACAACUGGCAUCAGGAGUUUACUCGCUUUGUGCCCAAAUUCAAGGUGUUGCCAUACUGGGGUAAUCCUCAUGAUCGCAAAGUGAUUCGGAAGUUUUGGAGCCAGAAAACACUUUACACGCAAAAUGCACCAUUCCAUGUGGUAAUCACCAGCUAUCAGCUUGUGGUUCAGGACGUCAAGUACUUCCAGAGGGUCAAAUGGCAGUACAUGGUUCUGGAUGAGGCUCAGGCGCUGAAAAGUAGCACCAGUGUUCGUUGGAAGAUUCUUCUGCAGUUCCAGUGUCGAAACAGACUGUUGCUCACUGGGACACCCAUCCAGAACACCAUGGCUGAGCUUUGGGCCCUGCUGCAUUUCAUCAUGCCUACGCUGUUUGAUUCCCAUGAAGAGUUCAAUGAGUGGUUCUCUAAGGACAUCGAGAGCCACGCUGAGAACAAGUCUGCCAUAGAUGAAAACCAACUUUCCAGGUUACACAUGAUCCUUAAGCCUUUCAUGCUGCGCAGGAUCAAGAAGGAUGUGGAAAAUGAACUCUCAGACAAGAUUGAGAUCCUGACUUACUGCCAGCUGACGUCCCGACAGAGGCUCCUCUAUCAGGCUCUGAGGAACAAGAUCUCCAUCGAGGACUUGCUGCAGUCCUCCAUGGGCACCGCCCAGCAAGCUCACAGCACCACCUCCUCCCUGAUGAACCUGGUCAUGCAGUUUAGAAAGGUGUGUAACCACCCUGACUUGUUUGAGCGCCAGGAAACACGUUCUCCAUUCCACAUGUCCGUCAAGCCCUACGCCAUGUCUAAAUUCAUUUACCGCCAGGGCCUCAUCCACACACACAACCUGGCCAAAAACAAACUUCUUCGGGCUCUGUUGUCUCCUUUCUCUCCAAAUUACAUCCAGCAGUCACUUUUUCACAGGAAAGGUGAUGACAAAGGAUGCUGCUUCUCCUUCCUGCGCUUCAUUGAUGUGUCACCAGCUGAGAUGUCCAAUCUCAUGCUUCAAGGCACCUUAGUGAGGUGGUUAGCCCUUUUUCUCUCCCUGAAAGCUGCAUAUCGGCUCUACUAUCAACGGCUGUUUGACCAAGAAGAGAUUCAGGGUGAAGCUCAAGAUGGGAGUAAGUGUCUAUCUCGCAAGGACCUAAUACUCUGGCUCAACAGACCAACUGCUUUCCCCAACAUACAUACCAGCCCUGUCCUACAGGAUCUCGUGUUCACAGCUUUCACGCCCGGCAUGGUGGGACACACAGAUGUGAAGAUUCACAGCAGAAACUCUUCGUACUUCACGUUACGGCCGUGCCAGCCCACACUGCCACCUAAGUUCCUGCUAGCUGCCACACCCAGGGUGACAGUGGUUCCUAUGGAGCGUUAUUGUGUCGACCGCAGUGCUGAGUAUGAGUGGCAGGUAACAUGCAGCGGAGGUGGCCCUAUCUUUAAACAGUGCUUCCUCUACGGCUCCCCUGAACUUGCCUCAGACUGGAGCUUGAGGGCCAAUGCCUUCCACCCACAGUGCCCUGGUGGUGUGAUGGCCCUCUACUGCCGCCAUGGAUGGUCCUUUAUUCGGAUACCCGAUAAAGAAAGCCUCAUCAUGGAGAGUGGAAAGCUCCACACGCUGGACGUUCUGUUGAGUCGACUAAAGGCGCAGGGACACAGAGUCCUCAUCUACUCCCAGAUGACGCGCAUGAUAGACCUGCUGGAGGAGUACAUGGUUUAUCGUAAGCACACCUACAUGCGACUUGAUGGAUCUUCUAAGAUUUCCGAACGCAGAGACAUGGUGGCUGACUUCCAGAGCCGGACGGACAUCUUUGUGUUUCUAUUGAGUACAAGGGCUGGAGGGCUUGGCAUUAACCUGACUGCUGCUGACACUGUUAUCUUCUAUGACAGCGACUGGAACCCCACAGUGGACCAACAGGCCAUGGACAGAGCUCACAGACUAGGGCAGACCAAGCAGGUCACAGUCUAUCGCCUCAUAUGUCAGGGCACCAUCGAGGAGAGGAUCCUGCAGCGAGCCAAGGAGAAGAGCGAGAUUCAAAGAGUGGUUAUAUCGGGAGGAAACUUUAAACCAGACACGCUCAAACCCAAAGAGGUGGUCAGCCUCCUAUUGGAUGAUGAUGAGCUGGAGAAGAAACUGCGUCAGAGACAGGAGGAGAAGAGGCAGCAGGAAGAAAGCAGCAAGGUGAAGGAACGCAAGAGAAAGAGGGAGAAGUACGCGGAGAAGAAGAAGAAUGAAGACCCUGAGCACAAGAGGAAGAAGGAGGUGAACCUGGUCAUCUCCCACGCACCUUCGGCAGACAACUCCAACCUGUCUGCAGACGGAGAGGACUCCUUCAUCAGCGUUGAGAUGGACUCAGCCAUGCCGAGCCCCUUCAGUGAGAUCUCCCUAAGCAGCGAGCUCCAGCCCGGCUCGUUGCCGCCGGAUCCCGAUGCGGACGAGAGCAGCAGCGACAUGCUGGUCAUCGUGGACGACCCCGUGUCCUCCGCGCCGCAGUCGCGGGCCACCAACUCCCCUGCCUCCGUGUCUGGAUCAGUCUCUGACAACAUGAAUGGUGUUUCGGUCUCCGACACCGUCAGUCCUGGCAGAGGCAGGUCAGGCCGGAGUCGGGGGCGGCCCAAAGGUUCUGGAGGAGGUGUGAAACCGGGAGGGAAAGGGCGUGGGCGCAAAUCGACGGCGGGCAGUGCAGCAGCUAUGGCAGGAGCGAUCGCUGGUGCAGCAGCUGCUUCAGCUGCAGCUUAUGCUGCAUAUGGCUACAGUGUUUCUAAAGCAGGACUCUCUGCCUCCGGUGCCCUGCAGCCUUCCCUGGGCCGGUCCGGUACCACCCCCACCUUCAACCCUAGCAGGAGCUCCUCUCCCCAGACCAAAGGAGGCGCCUCCACACCGAGCCCUCAGAAGCAGCUGUCCCACGGCCACCACCACAGCAGCCACAGCGCAGUCCGGAAGGGCAAGGGCCCUGGUGGUCCUGGGGCUCGAUGAUGCCGUCUGUACAACCGCAGCGACAUGCUGGACAAACAUGAAUAUGCACACACAGCUGUGUCAUUAUUAAACACACUGACGAAGCAACUGACGUGCUAUCACUGUGAUCACCACAGACAACUGUCGCCUAAACUAAUAAACAGUGGGAGCAGUGUUCACCAGGAGGAGUGCUCACUGGCUGCAGGUAAAGCAAACUCGCAGACCCUCCUCCCACAUGCAGACAUGAAAUCGCCUCCACAUUCUUGUGUCGGUUUGAUUUUAACGUGUUCAGGCUCAGUGGAAUAAAAAUCUGCCUUGAGUAUUUUCGUUUGCAUUGUGACAAGUGUCCAAGUGCUUUUUUGAAAAGAGUCUACUUUUGUAUUUGUGACAGGAAGCUCUGUCGAGCUGCUACAUGAAGCAGUGCGUGUAGUUUAAAGGGCUUUGUGUUUGCCAUGGCAGCGAGUCAAAGCAGGUUCUGUCAAAUGCACUGAGCCACGUCUUCCAUGUGUUAUCCACGCUCAUACAUGUACACUAGGUUAUUUAAUUGUUUCAUAGACGAGUACAUUGCAAACUAGCAUUUGACGGCGCUUAAUGUGAAUCCAUGACCCACAGAGUCCUGAACAACAGGUGGACAGCUUUUCUACUAAAGCUCUUAUUUUUGUAAUAAAGCGACCCACAACAACAUGGCAGGUCUUAAUGUUUUUGGCUAUAAAAUCUAUUCCAGUACAGAUAAAAAUGAAAAUCAAUAAUAUAUUUUUGCCCGUGUCAAAAUAAUAAUGCAGAAUGAGGGGUACUGGUUAAUGUGACGAUGCUGCUAACAGUAAAUUUAUAAAUUCAUUCAUAUUGGUUGUUUAAUAUUUAAGUUAUUGGAGUUAAACAUUGAAAAUUCAUGACAACUGCUUAUAGGGUAUUUGCCUGUAAAACGUGUACGUUUAUUAUAUUAUUUACAAUACGCAUAUUGUAUUGAAGCCAAUUUUAUUUUUCAGAAAAAAAUGACUUUGGUGAAGGAAGGUCUGUGGUUCUCUUUGGUGUUUUAGAUAAAAGUUUGCAUCUGUGUCCUCAGUUGAGCACUACAUCUGUUCUAGGUUUGUUUUGUGUUGAUAGUGUGAUGCAACGAGGAUGUUCUAUAUUGAUGUACAUAAUAAUGAGAUCAACCUUUCCUCUGACUUUUCCCUCAUUCUCCCGUCUAUUUUUAUAGUUCAUGUGUACAUAUAAAGAAAUGCAUCUGUCAUUUUACUAAACAGGAGCAAACCGAAAAUAAAAUGCUAAACAAGUCUUCAUGUUUAUUCACCAUAAUUAUAUGAAAGAAUAACAUAAUUGUAUUUAAUAUGUAAUAAUUUGUAUUUGAAGGGGAGUUAGGAUGGUUCAUGGGGUUGGUACCUGCUGUUGUUCCUAAGUCUGGGAUAAGUGCUUCAUACAUUGAUCUUAGCUGAGUGCUUAUGAUCGACACCAGCGCUGUGGGGCUCCUAUGUCCUGUCACAGCAGUAACCAACCCAUUGUUGUUCUUGGGUGUGUUCUUGGCUGCUGUCCUGUUUCCUUUGUCACUUGACACAUAAUACACCUGUAAUUAUGGAUUUGAGAGGUGUUUUUGCACUAAACCGGGAAAGUGAGACACAACAGUCACUGAAGGUUGAAGAUCAUGCCUCCCACAGAGUCUGGAAACAACAGUGGGGGGUUAAAUAACUUUAAUUAACUAUAUUUAUUGUCAGAUUGUAAUUUUUUGUAAUUAUAUUUGUGUUUCUCUUUACAAAAAUACAUUUUAAAAUGUCAACUGUAGUUUUUUUCUUUUGCAGAAACAUGGUCAAGGAACUGGGAUAACACUUAUAUUUUCCAUAUUAGUUGAUCCAAAUGAAAGUUUACCGAUCUCAAAUGUAAAAGACACAAAGUUCACUGAGACACGCUUUUAUGUCUGAGACCUGACACAUCAAUAGUGUGAAGUUCAGCAAUUUUUAAAUGUGUCACAACUCUUACCUACUUACCCAACUUGAAGUAUAAAUAAAUAAAAGCUAGUGCCGUAGGCGGGACAUGUUCACAUGGCGUCACACGAGGUCAUAAAGAUUUCAUCCUGAUCAUCCUGGUGUUUUCUAACAUGACCACGGAGCACAAUGUAAACAGGACUUCCAGGUCUGGUCGGGUCCCGGACGGCAAUUACAUAAGCAUGUGCACCUAGACAGACUUGUUGAAUCGCAUCCAAGGCACAAGCUCCUCUGGACUAUGUUUGUGUACAUAUAUACACGAGAGGCCUGUUAAAAAAAACAGCAGCUGAACUGGGCUUUCAAGAAAAUGCUGCUGUAAAGCUGUCACAUCUGGAACAUGGAGUGACAUGAAAAGACCUGUUCCAGGCUUUACUCUGGGAAACAUGAAUAACUGUCACGUUUGUCAGAUGUGCCACGUGUCCACAGCUUGAACAGAUCGUCUGUACUAAUCCAUGGCUCACCAUAGGUUAUAAUUGAGUGAUGAGUCUACCUUUUGUUUGAAUUUUAAACAGCUUAAGCUACAAAAUUACAAUAUAUUUCCAUAAAAAAAAGAUGGUAUUCAGUAUAUACUUUUCUGACUAGUACACUUUCUAGACUCUGCACCUGCCUUUGUGACCUUUCUACAAAUCACAUACACUCACAAAAGCAAAACUAGACAUGUUAAGAGUUCUUGAAUUUUAUUGAUGUUGGUCUUUACACUGGAUGGAAAGUGAUUGAAGAUUACAUCACAGCAGCCAUUUGGGAAAUAAGUUUAAUUUCCGCAACAAGUGGUCUGAAUGGGCUGGACGGAAUCUGAACCAUGGAAAUAAAAACAGCUAAUGCACCUUUG